ACGCUGAGACAACACAAGAAGCCACUAGAGUUUGGUUACAAGACAAAAGCCGAGCGGAGACACAGUCCAGCCUCCUGCAGUUGAUGACACCUAACACCUCCUGAUGCGUCGGUUCAGUGUUGCACUUCAUAUGGAGCAUGAAUGACAAACAGGUCUUGAUUAUAAAGCUAAAGGAUACUAGAGAAAAUGGCACAAAAUAUUCGUGAAUUAAUAACUCUUCAAAUUGGUCAUCAUGCAAACUUUGUUGGCACUCACUGGUGGAAUCUUCAGGAAGCAAGUUUUGUGUACAACAGCUCCUCAACUUCAGAUAUCAACCAUGAUUUCCUCUUCAGGGAAGGUGUCACUUCUCAAAGACAAGAAACAUACACCCCCAGGUUAUUAUGUAUUGAUACAAAGGGCAGUUUACACAGUCUACCAGCUCAUGGAUCUCUCUACAACCCCAUACAACCUGACCAUUCUACCAGUGAGGCUUCUUGGGAUGGACCAGUUGAACUUAUACAACAAUUGCCUGAAGAAAAGAAUGAAUAUUUGAUGGACCUUGAGCAGGAAGAUGCUAGAUUUCUUGGGCCAGCAGAUGAAGACAAGGAUAUAUGUAUUGAUGAUUCAAGUAUCAGCAACAAAGUUCCAGACUUCCACCUUGCACCAUCACAAAAAAUAUAUGACCUGACGAAAUCAGUAAAAGUCUGGUCAGAUUUUUUGCGUCCUCAUUUUCAUCCAACUUCUAUUUACCUUCUUGAUGAUACUUUGGUCAAAUCUGCAAGGACAUCUGGUAACACUGAUGAGACGAUAUGGGGAUUCCCAUUAGGUUCUGCCUUGUUUCAAAGGGAGGAAGUGGAAGAUGAGAUCACAGACCGAAUUAGACGUCUGGCAGAAUCUUGUAACAGUUUACAGGGUUUCCAAAUACUAAGUGACAUUCAUGAUGGAAUGGGAGGAGUGUGUUAUGGGGUACUGCAACACCUGGCAGAUGAAUAUGGGUCCAAAGACUCCAUAACUUUUGCUACUACUCCCUCACAACUGUCUCCUGUCAUACCUCAAGCCAGAAUACUGACAAGGGCAGCUAUAGUGCAGUCCUAUACAGAGUUGAGCAAACUGUCAAGUGUGUUUGUACCACUCAGUCUUCGCAAAAGUUGCUGGGAUUUCCAGGCACCAAGUACUACUUUCUCCAACUUGACAUUAGAGGAAAAUAAUCCAUAUAUCACCAGUAGUGUGAUGGCAGCAUUUGUGGACACUGCAAGUUUAGUGUACCGCAGUCGUACGUCACCCCUGCCACUUUCAUAUGUUGUGGACAUGUUGUCUCCAGGAGGACGAAAUGUGGCAGCAGGAAGUGUAGCACUGCCUCUAGGACUACGCUUUGACCAGGCAAUGUUGGAAUGGCUUCAGCAAGGACACAAACCCAACUUAGUAUCCCUGAGUGCUGGUUGUGACUACACUGUGGCUCCCAUCAGUGAGAUUCGUGUCAUCCGAGGUGUACCUUCAUCAAGACUAGUCAGGCCUGAUACCAAGUUGCCUCCAGGAGUUCACUACACAACUGCAUCUCAGCUUUACAAUGAAUUUCUUCAAGAAUCUCAUACACCACCAAGCAUGAGAAUGGUAACAGGAGUGCAAGAUCCUCUCAAGUUAAAUCCACCCUUCCCCUCCAUCUUCUCUGGGACAUUCACAGAAGAUGGCUAUGCUAAUAAUGUUGCAACAACUAACAUCAAAAGUGCACCAUGUGCAGCAGGUCUCCAUCAAGGUGCUGGAAUAGGUCACCUCCUUCAACACCUUGUGACAGCUGCAGAAAAAUUAGAUGUGACUAAAGUACCAUCUUUGGUAGAAGAAGGCUUGGACAAGGACGGCUGGUCAGGAGUGGUCGAGGAUUUACGAAACAUAACCCGCAAUUAUUGUAUAAAUAAUAUAGAAAUUGACAGUUCUGAUAAUGACUAAGGUUGUAAAAACAUCUUCUCAUUCCUUACGUCAAAUUUGUUCCUUAUCAGGUUUUGAAAUUAGUAUAAUUUUUUUUCCUCAUUACUGUACAGUAUAAAUGAUUACUUUAUA